GUGACAAAGCCUACCGGACGGAGCGGAAGUCCUGGUUCCUACGCCGCACGGAGAGGAUCCUGGGGGCCGGAAGGAGGUGGAAACUCCUGCCGCGGAGCAAUUCGCGGGCGGCCUGUCCGGGGAGGAGAGCGCGUGGCUGUGGAAAGAGGCGUGUGGCUGCAGCGCGUGGCCGUUGGCGGCGGUCGGAGGUGACCUAAGGCCUGACGUCGCUGUGGAACUGGAGCCCGUGAGUGAUGGUGGGGAGAUCCCGGCGGCGCGGAGCGGCCAAGUGGGCAGCUGUGCGAGCUCGGGCUGGUCCCGGCCCAGAGGACGAAAAUGAAGACGAUUCAGAGUUGCCCCCCUCGCCUGGGGACUCCAGCUACUACCAAGACAAGGUAGACGAUUUCCAUGAGGCCCGGUCCCGGGCUGCCUUGGCUAAAGGCUGGGGCGAACUGGAGAGCGAGGGGGAGGAGGAGGACGGUGAUGAGGAGGAAGAGGUUCUGCCCCUGGAUAUUGCUGAUGAGGACGACGAAGGUGGAGAGAGCGCGGGGGAGGACGCGGAUGACGAUGGCGGGAGCUCCGUGCAGAGUGAGGCCGAGGUGUCCGUGGAUCCCAGUUUGUCGUGGGGUCAGAGGAAAAAACUUUACUAUGACACGGACUACGGUUCCAAGUCCCGACGCCGACAGAGUCAACAAGAAGUGGAGGAGGAGGAAAGAGAGGAGGAAGAGGAAGCGCAGCUCAUUCAGCGGCGCCUCGCGCAAGCCCUGGAGGAGGACGACUUUGGGGUCACCUGGGUCGAGGCCUUUGCAAAACCAGCACCUCAGGUCGAUGAGGCGGAGACCCGCGUCGUGAAGGAUCUGGCGAAAGUUUCAGUGAAGGAGAAGCUGAAGAUGCUGCGGAAGGAGUCACCAGAGCUCUUGGAGCUUCUAGAAGACCUGAAGGUGAAGCUGACUGAAGUGAAGGAUGAGCUGGAGCCGCUGCUGCAGCUGGCGGAGCGAGGGGUCAUUCCCCCCGGAAAGGGGAGCCAGUACCUGAGGACCAAGUACAACCUCUAUUUGAACUACUGCUCCAACAUCAGCUUCUAUUUGAUCCUGAAAGCCAGGAGAGUCCCCGCGCAUGGACAUCCCGUCAUAGAGAGGCUUGUCACCUACCGCAAUUUGAUCAACAAGCUGUCAGUUGUAGAUCAGAAGCUGUCUUCUGAAAUCCGUCAUCUGCUCACAUUUAAACAGGAUGCUGGGAAGAAAGGACUGAAUUCGAGAGCAAAAUCCACCAAGGCCAGGCCAAAAUCCGUUUCAGAGACCACUGCUGCUGCCUCUGCUGUUGCAGCCUCCUCUGAUGAUUCGGAUCUUGAUGAAGCAGCUGCGCUGAAAUUCUAUAAGGAAAUAGAAGACAAGCAGAAGUUGAAGAGAAAGAAAGAAGAAAAGAGUGUUGACGAACAGGCUCUUGAAGAUCAGAAUGCGAAGAGAGCCAUUACCUAUCAUAUCGCUAAAAAUCGAGGACUUACGCCUAGAAGAAAGAAGAUCGAUCGCAAUCCCAGAGUGAAACACCGGGAGAAGUUCAGAAGAGCCAAAAUCCGCAGGAGAGGGCAGGUCCGCGAAGUCCGGAGAGAGGAGCAGCGUUACACUGGCGAACUCUCUGGCAUUCGCGCGGGAGUUAAAAAGAGCAUUAAGCUUAAAUAACGUUUUCACUUGGCUUAAGUUUUUCGGCAAUAAUUUUAGAUCAAUAAAUUUUUAUCUUUAAGUGGU